AUGAGAUCAACUAACAAAAGGGUCAACUGUGAGACCGUAGACUUGGAAUCACUACUCAAUUUUACCUCUGUGGCAACAGGAUUCAUUAAUUCCGUUCUCAAGAAACCAUUGAAAUCGAAACGAAAAGUGAACCAUCGAAAAUUUCUACAAAAGCAGCUUGGCGCACAUUCUCAUUAUAAGAGCAUUUUUAUCAACAAUAGUGAAGAAACUCAGAAUUCCAACAGAUAUGUCUAUAAUGUGAACACGACUGAACUGUCUGAGCCAAGAGCUGCAGUGAAGAUUAGAAACACUGAUGGCUCAGCAGAAAAAUCAUUAGAGAAACUCUUCAAUCCAAAUUUUUGGGGGAAGGCACCUUCUCAAGAACAGAAAAGAUCAAUCAACUCAUUGCGCAAUCGAUUGUUACCAGAAUCAUUUUGGAAAGAACCAGUAAAGAACUCCUGUUCAUUUCAGUUACAUCGAGAUCAUAUACAAACCAGAGAUUGCGGCGAAGUCGACGCUUUUGAAUUACUAGGAGUUGAAUUUGAUGAAUUAUUAGAAAAACUAUCAGAAGAUUCUGAUGUGCUGUCAACAUCCUCAGGUGCAUGUCUAUCUGAUUCAUCAUCUCUUUCUGAACUAGAUACUACAGUAACACCCGAUGUUUCAAGAAAUAUUUCCAAGUCAGUGUAUGAUCAGAUUUGGAGCCUUUCAACUGACAUUGUGAAUUUUACACAAUCGGAAGAAAGGUACUUCUUUUAA